AUGUCAACAACUAGAAUCCGGGUCGUUCCAAACCCCCGCUAUCAAAAGUCGGGAACGAAGUCCUAUGUUUAUGCGAUGCGCAAGUAUGGCUUCAACCCAACAAAAAAGGGCCCCUAUUUUAUCGGCCCAAUGAUGCAACAAACUGGUCGGCAGUUCACCAACAAGCCGGUCGGCGGUCGGGCUCACGUCCGCCAGGUCCUACAGAAAAAGAGUGCCGAUGACCAAGUCGGCCAGGUUGGUGCUGAUGACGUGCAGAAUGAUGCUAUGUACUUGGCAGAGGUUGAAAUAGGUACACCAGCACAGAAGUUGAACCUGGACUUUGAUACUGGAUCUGCAGAUCUUUGGGUAUGGUCGACAAAACUGCCAUCAGUCACUUUGGCCCAGUAUAAGAAUCACACUGUCUUUGAUCCGAGCAAGUCUAGCUCUUUUAAGAACAAGGAUGGUUCAACAUGGAGAAUCUCUUAUGGCGACGGGUCCUCAGCGGCUGGAACAGUGGGCAACGAUGAUGUGAACAUCGGCGGCGUUGUAGUGAAUGGACAGGCCAUCGAGCUAGCGGAUACACUGUCGGCACAAUUUGCGAGUGGCGCAGGUGAUGGACUUCUAGGUCUUGCGUUUAGCAACAUCAAUACUGUGCAACCGAAGGCAGUGCCUACGCCCGUGGACAACAUGAUCACUCAGUCAGAUAUUCUGAAGUCUAGUGCACUCUUCACAGCAAAACUGGGCUCGUGGCGUGAUGCAGAUGAACCAGAUAAAGGGGAGUCGUUCUACACAUUUGGUUUUAUUGAUCAGGACACUGUGAAAGAGGCUGGCGAAGAUAUCUACUACACGCCUGUUGAUAAGAGCCAAGGCUUCUGGAUGUUCAACUCGGCUUCAGCCACGGUCAAUGGUAAGUCCAUUUCUCGAUCUGGCAACAAGGCUAUCGCAGAUACUGGUACGACUCUGGCCUUGGUGGACGAUGAAACUUGCAAGGUUAUCUAUGAUGCCAUCGAAGGGGCCAUCUACGAUCAGGACAGCCAGGGGUAUAUCUACCCGGCUGAUACCCCAGCUGAUAAACUGCCUGCGAUAUCGUUCGCUGUUGGUGACACGCAAUUUGUUGUGCAGAAAGAGGAUUUGGGGUUUGCCCAGGCAAAGUCUGGCUAUGUUUACGGUGGCAUUCAAAGCCGUGGCUCGAUGACUAUGGACAUACUCGGGGACACUUUUCUGAAGGCAAUAUAUGCGGUGUUUGAUGUGGGCAAUCUUCGAUUCGGUGCAGUGCAGAGAAAGGAGCUGCACCAGAAUAUUUCUCCUCCACCUGAGUGA